GUGCCCCCUCGGACCUGCGCAUGGCCUGUGACCGCGCCAGGGUGCCCCUGCGGGCCGAGGAGCGCCCCGCGAGCGCGGCCAGCAAGUCCAAGAAGAGCGUGCUGGUGGCAGAGACGCCCUCCGCCGUCUUCCACUACUCGGACUGCGACCUGGACGAGACCGUCGCCAGCACCAAGACGGACGCCAUCUUCCGUGCCGCCAAGAAGGACCUGAUGACCCUGAUGAAGCUGGAUGACCCUUCGCUGUUGGACGGCCGCGUGACGUUCCUGCACGUCCCGGCCGGCACGGUGGUGUCCAAGCAGGGCGACCAGGACGUGAACGUGGUCUUCGUGGUCUCGGGGCUGCUGCACGUGUACCAGCGGAAGAUCGACAGCGAGGAGGACAGCUGCCUGUUUGUGACGCGGCCCGGGGAGAUGGUGGGCCAGCUGGCCGUGCUCACGGGCGAGCCCCUCAUCUUCACCAUCAGGGCCAACAGGGACUGCAGCUUCCUGUCCAUCUCCAAGGCGAACUUCUACGAAAUCAUGCGGAAGCAGCCGACCGUGGUCCUGGGCGUCGCGCACACGGUCGUGAAGCGCAUGUCAUCCUUCGUGCGGCAGAUCGACUUCGCCCUGGACUGGAUGGAGGUGGAGGCGGGGCGCGCCGUGUACAGGCAGGGGGACAAGUCGGACUGCACCUACAUCGUGCUCAGCGGCCGGCUGCGCUCCGUGAUCCGCAAGGACGACCUCAAGAAGCGCCUGGCCGGGGAGUAUGGCCGCGGAGACCUCAUCGGCGUGGUGGAGACGCUCACCCGCCAGCCCCGAGCGACCACGGUGCACGCCGUCCGGGACUCGGAGCUCGCCAAGCUGCCGGCGGGAGCCCUGACGUCCAUCAAGCGCAGGUACCCGCAGGUCGUGACCCGGCUGAUCCACCUGCUGGGGGAGAAGAUCCUGGGCAGCCUGCAGCAGGGCCCUGCGACCAGUCACCAGUUCGGGCUGCACUCCACCGGCAGCAAGUGGGACUCGGGGAACCCGCCAGCAACCCUGUCCACGGUGGCUGUCAUGCCCGUGUCGGAGGACGUGCCCCUCACCGCCUUCGCCCUGGAGCUCAAGCACGCCCUCAGCGCCAUCG